AUGACCGACCUUCAGGAGGACUUCGGACCAACGCUAUGGACGGUGAACACAAUCUUCAUUGUACUAGCUACACUCGCUGUUGUUGCUCGCUUUGGGGCUCGACGACUGCGAAAGUUGUCUCUCGGUGCAGAUGACUGGAUUAUCUGCGUAGCCCUUUUGUGGGACUGGCUCUUAUAUGGGAUAUUCGUGGGAUGUCGGAUUAAUGGCCUUGGCAAGCACCGAGCAACCCUCUCACCAGAAAAAGUCGCUAUAUUCACGGAGCUCCUCUACUUCUUCCAGAUCUUCUAUGUGCUCGGUCCCCCGAGUGUGAAACUGGCACUGCUCUUUCUGUACAGACGCAUUUUCGAGCAUUCGAGUUUCUUGCGAAUUGUCGACGGCAUGAUUGUUCUAAUAUCUGUGUGGGCAACUACCAUGACUUUCCUCGCCAUUUUCAACUGCAAGCCGAUUAGCGCCUUCUGGACAACGGAGGGAACUUGUUUUGACUUUAAGCAAUUUGCCAUCGGCUACGCAAUUGUAAAUAUUAUCAGUGAUUUUGCAGUUUGGUUGAUGCCAAUUCCUAGAGUGUGGAAUAUUCAGCUUCCGAAACCGCAGAAGAUUGCUCUGUCCCUAAUUUUUGCAUUGGGUCUUUUUGAUUGCGCUGCAGCUAUGGCCCGCCUUCUCCUCUCAAUGCUUGUCCUAGGCGAAUACGACACCACAUGGCUCUAUGCAAAGGGAUACAUGUGGUCCAUUAUCGAAGUCUCAACGGGCAUUGUCUGCACAUGUCUGCCAACGAUGCGAGUACUCUUGAAGACAGCCUUCGGUGGCGCUUUUGCAAGAAUCUUCGGCAUGUACAGCGGGAAGGCCAGCCAUCAGAUGUCAAGCAAUACGCCUCGGUCUAGGACAAAUGAGUAUUAUAAUGAUAUUGGAGAGGUCAGGUCGGCGAAGGUCUUUUCCAACGCCCAUCGUACAAACGAUAUUUCGGGAUCGCAUGGUGCAGACUGGGACGCGAGCUCCCAACAGAUUCUGGUGACCGAGGAGGUAAAUAUUGAACUUCAGCCAGGCAAAGAGGCAUCUGUAAAGAUCAAUUAA